ACGAUGCCUUCCACACUUGAUUGGAUUAACAACCCACUGGGUGUUGUCGAGGAGAUGUUUGUUGGAUCUCAGAACGACCCAAAUUCUGGUUGGGAGGCAAAAGUGGUUGAUUUCUUCAAAAAUCAUUUAAAAGAAAAGGAUGCUCACACUUGGGUUCCAUCAAUGAAUGACAUCCCACUGCACUACCUGAAGCCUGACAGCCUGGUCAAGUUUCGCUGUUUGAUUCAGGACAUGUUUGAUCCAGAGUUAUACUUGAGAGUGUAUGAAGGUGUUGAUCCAUCAUCUCAAGCCAAAGUGUUAAGGUAUGGGAAGUACAAAGAUGUCACAGAAUGCGGGGUGGAUUUUAACUCCAAAAACAUUGUGACAUCCGAAAGACAAACUUUCUACUGUGUACCUGUUCCUGGGGAAAACUCCUGGGUGAAAGCUUGUUAUGCUGAAUUGAGUCAAGCGAGAGUGCUGCCAUCCACCUCGUACGCUCCAAACAGACAAAAGCGUAGUUAUGAAGAUGAUGAGAUGGAUGGUGUGGAUGCUCAGCCACAGAAACAAAGGGAACCACAUGCAGGUCUUCAGGUUCCCCCGACCCAACACUGCAAGGAGUCGGACGUUGUUCCCAACCACGUGGCGUCCGCCUCGCAUCUUGACCUCAACUUCCCUCUCCCAGGCGAAAAAGGCCCGUCUUGCUUAAUCAAGAUCUAUGAGGACUGGGAGGGCUUCAAAGUGAAUGACACUCUGGAAGUCUAUGGCAUCCUCUCAGUGAGUCCUGCUCUCAGCACUCUGGCAGAAGACAAGGACGGGUCCUCAUCCCUCAUCGACCCUUCCGAGUCGAUGGAGACAGCGGAGGAGCUGAGAGUGCACAGCCCACCUGCGUCACUGGUUCCUCGCCUCCACAUGGUCUACGCCAAAGUACUGGCACAUAACAACCCUCUGCUGCCCUGUGCCACCUUGCAAGACAACCACGCCUUUUUAUCUUCAACCCUGAGUGAGAUGGCGUCAGUCCGAAGUGAAUUCCUUGCAUAUCUAACGCACGUUCUUCUUGGAGAUUCGCUGGCUGCCGAGUACCUCAUCCUGCAUCUUAUUUCUGACGUCUAUGCCAGACGAGAUGUGCUACCGCUGGGCAAGUUUGCGCUGAACCUGAGUGGCUGUCCCACCACCUCCUCGUUCACCCAACACCUCUACAAGGUCAUCCAACAACUUGUUCCUUCAUCCUUCUAUCUGGCCAUGAGCCUUCACAACAUGAAUCAGAUGCGUAUGGUGCCAAAGAAGGACUACGUGGCCAACCGGCUGUUGAGCGGAACCUUGCAGCUGGCUAAAAACACUUCCCUCUUCCUUGAUGAGACCCGCCUGGAGCAGGGACAGCUGGACACGACAGGUGUGCGCAAUGUCACCGCUUUGGGGAAUGUGAUCACAUGGCAGAAGGUUGAUUAUGACUUUAACUACCACCAGAUGGAAUUCCCCUGCAAUAUUAACGUGCUGAUCGCAUCAGAGGGGCGCUCCCUGCUGUCGUCAGACUGUCAGAUACACCUGCAACCUCAAGUGGCUCCAGAGAACUUGGAGGAAUAUCUUACAAGCAUCCCCACACAUGCGCAAGCCUCCACACAGUUCAAUAAAUUCCGACUCUACCUGAGUGUGGCUCGGCAGCUGGACUACAGUAUCCCAGAGGAAGUGACUAAGUCAGUUGAGGAUGAUUUUGUAGACAUGAGGAAGGACGAUCCCCAAAGCAUAAGUGCUGAGGACCUGCACCGAUUGCUUGUUGUAGCAAGGUUGCUGUCUCUGAGCCUGGGACACACAUCUUUGUCCAGAGACAUCUGGCUGAGGGCCAAACACUUAGAGAUUCAGCGUAGUUGCAGGAUGGAACAACACAAGAGCGUCAAUGGAAAUGAGCCGUGAUUACUGUUAACUAUUCUCUUUUUGAUACUAUAAAAAAAAAAAAAUCUCAUUUCAUCUGUUCGUUAGUUUUGUCGCUGUGUAGCUAACAGUUGUCACCGGUAUGCCUGUACACAAUUGUUCAUGUUUAUAAUUGUUUACAAAUGUAAAUAAGGUUGUAGAAAAAUAGUUGCUUUUUUUUUCUUUAUAAAUAAUGCACGUAU